ACAUAAUGGUUUUCUUUGCGGCAUUAUUAGUUUCACUCAUAGUGAUUUGUUCUAUUAUAUGGUUUGUUGUGCUACUAAACAAAAAUAGAGAGUAUUUUAAAAAAAUCGCAGGACCACCUCCCGUUCCUUUCUUUGGUAAUGUUUUUGAAGUUUCGUCCACAACAGACCUAUUAGAUGUGACAUUAAAAUUUGUACGAGAAUAUGGAGGACUGUUCAAAAUUUGCAUGGGACCAAUACGUAAAGUAAUAGUGGUUUCUGACUACAAAUUUUUGGAAGCAGUUUUGAGUAGCACGAAAAUUCUAAACAAAUCUUAUGAAUAUAAUAACCUAAGGCACUGGCUUGGAACUGGUUUGCUUACAAGUGACGGUCCCAAAUGGAAAAAACGUCGAAGAGUCUUGACACCAGCUUUUCAUUUUCAAAUUUUAGAGCAAUUUAUCGAUGUUUUCGAAUCAAAUGGAAAUAAAUUGAUUAAAAAAUUACGUAAAAAAAUAGGAGAAAGGGGUGUUGAUAUUUACCCGUUUGUAACAUUGUGUACAUUAGAUAUCAUUUGUGAAAGUGCAAUGGGGACGUCAAUAAAUGCACAGUUUGAUGAUAAUUCAGAAUAUGUUAGAAGUGUGAAAGCUAUGUGCAAAAUUAUAAUUGAACGCUUAUUUAAUAUAUUGCAAUUGACAGAUAUUACAUUUCCACUUACACAAAAUUAUUACAUUCAAAAAAAGUCUUUAAAUAUAUUACACACUCAUACUAAUAAUGUCAUAACAAGAAGACGCGAAGAAUUACUUAACAAGAAAAAAACUAGUGCUCCGGUAAAUGAACAUGUCGUCAAUGGUGUUGGUGAUUAUGAGAUUUCUACAUAUAAAAAUAAAAAGGCGUUUUUAGACUUACUUUUGGAAGCUACAGUAGAUGGAAGACCUUUGACACAAGAAGAAAUACGAGAGGAAGUUGAUACAUUUAUGUUUGAGGGUCAUGAUACUACAGCGUCUGCAAUUAGCUUUGCAUUGUAUUGUUUGGCAAAUAAUGCUGAUGCACAGAAAAAAGCAUAUGAAGAACAAUUAACAUUAUUCGGUGAAAAUAAAAGUCCUCAUAUGUCGUAUGCAGCUUUGCAAAGUAUGAAAUAUUUGGAAAUGGUUAUUAAAGAAACUUUGAGAUUGUACCCAUCGGUACCUUUCUAUAGCAGAGAAACAGAUGAAGAAGUUGAGAUCAAUGGUAUUUCCAUACCAAAAGGAGUUCCAAUUAUAAUUUUUGCUUAUGGGAUUCACAGAGAUCCAACACACUUUAAGGAUCCAGAGAAGUUUAAUCCAAGCAGAUUUGAAGAAAUUGAUGGCAAGCAUCCUUAUUCCUACAUUCCUUUCAGUGCAGGUCCAAGAAACUGUAUUGGACAAAAAUUUGCAAUGCUGGAAAUGAAAAGUACAAUUUCAAAAAUUCUUCGGCAUUUUGAAUUGCAACCAGCAUCGCCAGAAUGUCGGCCACAGUUAGCAGCGGAGGCAGUUUUAAAGUCUACAAAUGGAAUUAAAAUUAGUCUGUGUUUAAGGCAGUAAUUUUAGUGUAUCAUACAUUUUUAUAAUUGUUAUACCGCAAGAUCGAAAAUGAAAUUAGUCAAAGUUGACCGUGCACGAUAAGCGGUUUGUUGUAAUUUAAAUUUUUUUACUAAAUGUCAAAUUGACAUUUUAAAAUUAGAAUUAUGACACCUACUUUUAAAAUACAUAAAAAUGAAUCA